AUGGUAGAUCAAAAGGUUUUUAAAAUUGACAAUACUUUCCUUGAUGGAGCUCAAAAUUCUAAAGUGGUGUUAUUGAUCCUCAAUAGACCUAUCCACAGACCUUUAUUUGAUUAAUUUAUCGCUCUUAGUCCUGAGAUUAUCUGUGCUGAUGGAGGAGCUAAUAGACUUUACGAUUUACUUGAGGAUUCUGAGGAUAGAUAAAAGUUCUUACCAAGUGCUGUGAUUGGCGACCUAGAUUCCUUGAGAAAAGAAGUGAGGGAUCAUUACCAUAAAUAGAAAGUGGAGAUUCAAGAUCUAAGUCAUGACCAGGAUACUACUGACUUCGAAAAAUGCUUCAAUCAUUUGAUAUCUAAAGAAGCUUUUUCUGAUGAUAUGACAAGAUUCCUGGUGCUUGGUGCUUUUGGCGGAAGAUUAGAUCAUACAAUGAGAAAUAUUUCUUACUUACUAAGUUUACCUGAGAACAUUAAGGCUUACUUCUUAGAUGAAUAUUCCAUGGGGUUCAGGGUCCCUAAAGGGAAAACAGAGAUUAAAUUUUCCAAGAAAUUUGAAUUUACCAAGGGAUGUGGGAUUAUCCCAGCUUAAACAACUAGGAUUUCAACUAAUGGGCUGAAAUGGAACUUAGGAUAAGCCCCAUGGGAUGUAACAUCAUUGGAUACUCAAAUUUCAACAUCAAAUGAAAGAGUUUCCAAUGAAGUUACUAUUGAGUGCGAUAGAGAUAUAGUAUGGAUGAGUAGCUUGAAUUUUUUGAACGAGUGA